AUGGAGGACGACCAGCCCAAGUUGAAGCCGCCUACACCUUCACCUUCUCCCUUGCUGGACCUAGAACAAAGUCCCGGAGCCUCGCCAGUAACAAACCAUGCAGAGGUAUAGUAUAUCUAGUGGUUUAGCCAAAAUGCUAAUAGAUAGCCUUUACAUAAUUUAAUGGUACUGAGUUGCUGAAGCUAUGAGAAAUGGCUUCGGCAUAAUAGUCAUUUUGGUUGAAUGAUUCCACACAUAUUGAUCUGGAAUCAGUUGGCAGUGUACUGUGCACUCUUAUUUGGCACUAUGCAUUUAUGGGGUCAAUUAUUUACGGGAAAACAAAAAUGUAAAAUCAUCAUGCUGACAUUUAGUUUUGUUAGGUCAUUUGAAACAUACCUUGAGAUGUACCCUACCAGGAGAUUUGCUCAUGAUUUUUGCCAGCCUCUUUUUCCACAGAGAGUGGUAUUUCUGUAAGUUGGAACAACAGCCUUUUUCAUGACACUGACUGUUCUCAUUGUGGCACACUCUUUGUAGUAAAAGUCCAUAUCUACUCUUUAUGAUAAGAAUGAGAACUAUUACUAAGUUGGAACACAGUAGUGUCUUGUUAGCAUGACUAACUUCCCUGUCAACAAUGAGAACCACUUAACAUAGGUGUGACAAAGAAAUGGAGGUAAAAAAGCCAGGAGCAUUGGCAUUGGCUCCAGUACCAUUCUUAUCAACCUUCAAGUGUUGGGCUAGGCUAGCCAAAACAAGUUCCUGACACCACAAUCAGUCUCUCUUGAAAGAUUGCUAUCAUUUCAACUCAAGAAGUUAAAGCUACAAUAUGCAACUUUUUGGGCGACCCAUCCAAAUUCACAUAGAAAUGUGAGUUAUAGAUCAGUCAUUCUCAUUGAAAGCAAGAUCUGUUCUAUGUGCACUAUUUCUAUGCUUCCGUUAAGUUUUGUUUUUGCCUCUUUUACUUUUGGUUUUGUACACUAGCUUCAAACAUCUGAAAAUACAAUAUAUUUUUGGUUAUUAAAAAUAUAUUUCACAGCAGUUUUAAAUGGUACAAUGAUUCUCUACACUAUACAUUGCUUGUUUUGUUACAUAAACUGAAAUUAUGCGAAUUAUUCAAACUUUAGCAACCAGGAAAUGGCGGAGCGAUUUCUGCGUAUUGCACCUUUUAACUGGGGUUAGAGUACGAUGGAGUCGAGAGGAUGCUUUUUGAAAGCAAGUGUACAAAAACAUCGAAGUGUCCCUUUGUCAAGUGUCUCUUUCGCAAAAAAAACAAAACAAAAAAAAAAUCUAAUAGUGUGUUACUUUUUCAGAAGCUUGUAUUGAAAUGGCAUUUAUGUAGUAAGAAAGUUUCAUUUAAAAGUAUGGCUACUAACACAUUUUCAUAUUGAACUAAAACCCCUUUCCUCUAUGUCUUCCCCCCGGUAGUUCCUGGGUGUGAACCAGAUUCAGGUGGUGGUGAGACGGAGCUCCACCCCCCAGGUCACGGAGGAGACCUACUUUAUCCCCCGUAACCCGGUGGUGGAUGCGGGCACCAACACUGACCCCCCGGUCAUCUGCUGUGGCAGGCUCCGCCGGGCAUGCCCCUGCCCGCCCCGAGGCCUCCUGGCCUCCCUCAUCACCAAGGGUGGGCACCAGCAUAGAAAUAGGCCACUCUAGUAUUGUGUCUCUAUGCUGAUGCCCAUAGAAAUUGAAUUAUACUUCUAUCGACACCAGAAUAGAGAUACAAUAUAGGCCUAAUACUAGAGUGGCCUAAUGUCAUGAACCUCAUAAUGCUACAAUGCGCUGAUAAUGCCAUUGUGGUCUGUGUUUUAUUUAAUUCCGGGCACCAGGGGGGCUAAUGCUACCGUAGUGAUGUUACCUUGGUGACAUUGCUAUGGGAUCAGGGAUUGGCAUCUUGUAGCGUUUUGUGCUUGGGCGAGUGGAAAAUGGAGAGAGAGAGAGAGGGAGAGAGAGAGAGUGGAGUAAUAUGUUAGGAUUGAGUUUGUAGAACCAGUGUGUGUGUGUGUCUCAAUAAAGGGAACAAAGGUACUCUAGAAUUGCUUCUCUUUAUCCAGCGCACGCUGUUGAACAGUGCCACAGUUGUACCCAGAGGCAUUUAUAUAGCACAAAUGGAGAAGAUAUACAGAUGGACUAAAGCCCUACCCAGUGUCCCUGAUAUACUGAAAUGUACAAGUUAACAUUUAGGCUUAGUAGUAGACUUUUGAGACCACUGUACCUUGCAAACCAAAUCUAGUACAGCACAUGCAAUCUUUUUUGAUCAAAUUUGUAUUUUAUUUGGCAGGUAAAAGUAAAAGACAAACUGCUAACUGGCCAUGUACUGACUUCUAACCUCUGACCUCUCCUCCCUCCCAGUCGUCAUUGCAUUAGUGCUGUUUGGCGUGGUCUGGUCCAUCACAGAGGAGGAGUGUCUGCCGACGGGGAACCUGUUUGGCAUCACCGUGCUCUUCAUCUGCUCCGUCACCGGGGGCAAACUGGUGGGCCUCAUACGGCUGCCCAAACUGCCUCCCUUUCCCCCGCUCCUGGGUAGGUCAUGCGAAUAGAGAGAGCGUGUGUGGGUGUAUAUGUGUUUGCGUGUAUGUGUUGUAGGUGAUGGGGUCUGUGUUGUCUGUGACGGCAUAUGUAUGUGCAGCAUAUAACAGGUUAUUUUCGGUAACCUGUACCUCAUUUGACUUGUUGAGAGAGACAAAAUGGCAUCUUCAGGGUGUUACAUGCCCUACAUGUUCCUUGGUAACAGUCAGAGAGACACCAUCCUUUUCUUUGUCUUUGAUAUGGAAGUGGUGGCUGGCUGUUGGUACUAUAUCUGCUGAUAUAGUAGAUAGAACACACACACACACCUACUUACUAUAAUAAGCACACAUUCAGAUUAAACACACCCACUCACUAGAUUAAGCAUGCAUGCACUUGCUUGUCCCCUCACUACUACUCUUUACUAUACAUGUAAAAUGUGACUGUUUCACCUGCAUGUAACAUGGAUGGACAAACAGUCCCUUAUUAUUCUGGCUGGCUUUGCCAACAUUGCUACUUCACGUGUAGUAUUUACAUUUACAUUUUAGUCAUUUAGCAGACGCUCUUAUCCAGAGCGACUUACAGUUAGUGAGUGCAUACAUUUUUCAUACUGGCCCCCCGUGGGAAACGAACCCACAACCCUGGCGUUGCAAGCGCCAUGCUCUACCAACUGAGCUACAGGGGACUAGUACAUCAUACAUGUGUUACUACCAUACCUAGACAGUGAAGUGAGUUCAUAUCCCACCUUAUCCCAUUUCUAACCAAAUGAACACCCUUGUUGACUUAGACUGAUAGGGAGUAUUUUGCAUUUCUCACCAUACAAUAGAGACUUGGUUGAGAUACGGCGCAGCUUUGACCAAAGUCUCUCUUGAUGCUGGUAACCACAUGACAAGACCUAUAGUUUGCACAGACCCAUAUAAUAAGACAGUGGCCACUCACUCAGCUCACAAAAAGAUAGAAGUCAGAUGUUCAGAUUCACAACCUACUCCUCACUUUCAACAGUCCAGAAAGGAGAUUGUAGAUAAUAAAAAAAGUGUUUUGGUGGGUGUUUGAUUUCGAAACUUUGAUCGUUAGCGUAGUGUCUAUCCGAUAGAUCCCACUCCAUAGGUCAGAAGUAAAGUCUGAACCAAAAACUGAUUGUUGGAUGUAGAUCUUUGAUUUCAAAACUUGGAUAGUUAAUGUCUCUCCAACCCCUGUUUUCCUUUUUUUAAACCCAGAGGAACUCUGUUUCCCAGUUCAAAGUCCCCGUUUCGUUGUUUGAACUGAACAGACUUCUUUGGCCUGACGCAGGAUUAAAACGGAACAAAGCAGGAAUUUCAUUUCGGCCAAGCUUUGUUACAGCCUUAAAGGUAUUUAGGCUAACAGACAGUCGGUCCCAUAUUCUUAUGCCUGUUAACUAGUUCCUCCCUGCUCAGUUAGUAUUCAUUGCUUGCGUCCCAGAUGGGAUGCAAUUGUUGUGUACUUUAUUGAUAAUAUGCUAUUAAGCAGACACUUAUAUCCAAAGCGGCUUACAGCACAGUGACUGUGAGUGCAUACGGUUUAGUAUACCACCAGCGGGAAUCAAAUCCACAACCCUGGCGUUGGCUAAUGCCACUCUUACCAACUAAACCACACAGGACCACAUUGAUCUUUCUGAACUUCAAAGGCAAUUCAAUUUCAUACAGUAGAUUAAAGACUCCACUGUAUGCAUGUCUCUCUUCAGUUUGCACUAUUCCUACUUGGAAAGGUUUUUUCUUUACUCUCAAAAGGAUCCUAUGCCUAGAAGCCUUUGAUAUCUUAAACCAAUUGAUCUUCAACCUUUUAAUACGCAGUUCCCAGACUAUCAGAACAAAGAAUGUGUCGGAAAAAGUGAAUUUCUUGGCAUUUAACCAAUGUGAAGAUGGGAAUGAUAUCUUAGCCUCAAGUUCUCUGUUUUAACUCUCCUUUUUAUAAAUACAAGAUUGUCUUCAGAACAAUACAGCAAUACAUCGUUUUUUUGCCCCUCUUGCUGUGAGAGAAAGUCCAAAGAAUAACACCAUGGUUGUUUAUAAAAGUAUUAACUUUAAUAUAAUAGUAUGAUAAAGUAUCAUUGUUCUCUGUCAUUCUCUACAGGUAUGCUAUUGACGGGCUUCCUGCUGCGUAAUAUCCCCGUGGUAACGGACGCCGUGUACAUCGACUUCCGAUGGUCCGCCGCCCUGAGGAACAUUGCCCUCGCUGUCAUCCUGGCCCGAGCAGGCCUGGGAUUGGAUGGCUCAGUAUGUCAAUCAAACACUAAUCUCUCUCCAUAGGCCAAUGCUUUUAGUGUUUAGUACUUGUCUUUAUUAUUUAUGUUCCUGUGAUAACCUGUGUUAAAGGAAAAAUUCACUAAAAAACAAUAUGUGUAUGUUUUUUAAAUUAGUCCACUGUUGAUACAGUCCCAAAAUGUUUUGCAUUUCAGCAGUCAAGUUUUCAGAACUUUCAAGAAGCAAAGUGUCACUUGCCACAUCAUCAUGAUGCAAAACUCAUCAACAUGAUGAUGUAGCAAGUGACACUUUGCUUCUUGAAUGUCCUUUAUCUUCAAAACUUGACUUAAUGAUUUUUCCUUUUAAUGUGUGUGUGUGUACAUGUAUGUGUUCCCAGGCUCUGAAGAAGCUUAGUAUGGUGUGUAUACGUGUGGGAAUGGGACCCUGCAUCAUCGAGGCAUGCACCAUCGCCAUCGUCUCCCACUUCCUCAUGGGCCUGCCCUGGAUAUGGGGAUUCAUCCUAGGGUAAACUCUCUUUCUCUCUGUCUCGUUGUCUCUCUCUUCUCCCUCUCUCGUUGUCUCUCUCUGUCUCUCUCGCUCUCUGUCUCUCUGAGACUUCUACUUCUAAAUCCCACUUAGUAUUCUGCAGCCUCCCGAUGCAUUUGUAAAACUAAAGGGCUACCUAACACCGCUUGCAUUCCAAUAAGACAGGUGUAGAGUAUUUGGCAGCUACUGUAACUCCCCGUGAACACUUGAAGUAUCCUUUAUAUCAGAGCUCUCCAACCCUGUUCCUGGAGAGCUACUGUGCCAUAGGUUUGCACUCCAACCUUAAUCUAGCGCACCUGAUUCUAAUAAUUAGCUGGUUGAUAAGCUGACCCAGGUUAGUUACAACUGGGGUUGGAACGAAAACCUACAGGAGGGUAGCCCUCCAGGAACAGGUUUGGAGACCCUGCCUUUAUACAUUUUCAUUUCAUCCUAUGAUUCUUAGCCCCUUGCUCUCUCUGUCUUUCUUUCUCUCUCUCCUCUCUCUUUCUUGCUCUAUCCCUGUCUUUUGCUUUCUAUCUCUGUCUUCUCUAUUUCUCUCCUCCUCUCUCUUGCUCUCUCUCUCGUCCUCUCCACUCUUGCUCUCUCAUCCUCUCCACUCUUGCUGUCUCUCACUCUGAUCUGUCCAUCGUUCUAUUCAUCCAUCCCUCUAAAUACACUACAUUAUCAAAAGUAUGUGGACACCUGCUCGUCGAAUAUCUCAUUCCAAAAUCAUGGGCAUUAAUAUGGAGUUGGUCUCCCCUUUGCUGCUAUAACAGCCUCCACUCUUCUGGGAAGGCUUUCAACUAGAUGUUGGAACAUUGCUACGGGAACUUGCUUCAAUUCAGCCACAGGAGCAUUAGUGAGGUUGGGCGAUUAGGCCUGGCUCGGAGUCAGUGUUCCAAUUCAUCCUAAAGGUGUUCGAUGGUGUUGAGGUCAGGGCUCUGUGCAGGUCAGUCAAGUUCUUCCACACCGAUCUCGACAAACAAUUUCUGUAUGGACCUCGCUUUGUGCACGGGGGCAUUGUCAUUCUGAAACAGGAAAGCAUAGAAUCGUCUAGAAUAUCAUUGUAUGCUAUAGCGUUAAGAUUUCCCUUUACUGGAACUAAGGGGCCUAGCCCAAACCAUGAAAACCAGCGCCUGACCAUUAUUCCUCCUCCACCAAACUUUACAGUUAGCACUAUUUAUUCGGCCAGGUAGCGUUCUCCUGGCUUCCUCCAAACCCAGAUUCGUCCGUCGGACUGCCAGAUGGUGAAGCGUAAUUCAUCACUCCAGGAAUACGUUUCCACUGCUCCAGAGUCCAAUGGCGGCGAGAUUUACACCACUCCAGCCGACGCUUGGCAUUGCGCAUGGUGAUCUUAGGCUUGUUUGCGGCUGCUCGGCCAUGGAAACCCAUUUCAUGAAGCUCCCGAUGAACAGUUAUUGUGCUGACGUUGCUUCCAGAGGCAGUUUGGAACUCGGUAGUGAGUGUUGCAAUCGAGGACAGAUGAUUUUUCAGCACUCGGCGGCCCUGUUCUGUGAGCUUGUGUGGCCUACCAUUCACGGCUGAGCCUAGACGUUUCCACGUCACAAUAACAGCACUUACAGUUGACCGGGGCAGCUCUAGCAGGGCAGAAAUUUGACGAACUGACUUGUUGGAAAGGUGGCAUCCUAUGACGGUUCCACGUUAACAGUCACAGCUCUUCAGUAACGCCAUUCAACUGCCAAUGUUUGUCUAUGGAGAUUCCAUGGCUGUGUGCUCGAUUUUAUACACCUAUAUCAGCAACGGGUGUGGCUGAAAUAGCCAAAUCCACUCAUUUGAAGGGGUGUCCACAUACUUUUUUAUAUAUAGUGUAUAUCUCAAACUAAUCCCUAUUAGUAAAGCUGCAUCAUUAAACACUUUGUCUAGACUCAUUGUAUUAUCCCCCAUCUCCCCUCCCCUGUCUCUUUUAGGUUUGUGAUGUCUUCAAAUCAAUCAAAUGCAUUAUGUUUAUGUAAAGCCCUUUUUACAUCAGCAGUUGACACAAAGUGCUUUUACAAUAACCUGGCCUUUGAAAGCAUCUUCUACAGGGCCAUAUUAUAUUAUAUGAUGAACCCUCAUAGUAUGUCUCCUCUCUUGUAGGUUUGUACUGGCCAUCUGCUAAAUGUUCAUAUAAUACACUGCUCAAAAAAAUAAAGGGAACACUUAAACAACACAAUGUAACUCCAAGUCAAUCACACUUCUGUGAAAUCAAACUGUCCACUUAGGAAACAACACUGAUUGACAAUACAUUUCACAUGCUGUUGUGCAAAUGGAAUAGACAACAGGUGGAAAUUAUAGGCAAUUAGCAAGAUACCCCCAAUAAAGGACUGGUUUUGCAGGUGGUGACCACAGACCACUUCUCAGUUCCUAUGCUUCCUGGCUGAUGUUUUGGUCACUUUUGAAUGCUGGCGGUGCUUUCACUCUAGUGGUAGCAUGAGACGGAGUCUACAACCCACACAAGUGGCUCAGGUAGUGCAGCUCAUCCAGGAUGGCACAUCAAUGCGAGCUGUGGCAAGAAGGUUUGCUGUGUCUGUCAGCGUAGUGUCCAGAGCAUGGAGGCGCUACCAGGAGACAGGCCAGUACAUCAGGAGACGUGGAGGAGGCCGUAGGAGGGCAACAACCCAGCAGCAGGACUGCUACCUCCGCCUUUGUGCAAGGAGGAGCAGGAGGAGCACUGCCAGAGCCCUGCAAAAUAACCUGUGUCUGCUUAAACGGUCAGAAACAGACUCCAUGAGGGUGGUAUGAGGGCCCGACGUCCACAGGUGGGGGUUGUGCUUACAGCCCAACACUGUGCAGGACGUUUGGCAUUUGCCAGAGAACACCAAGAUUGGCAAAUUCGCCACUGGCGCCCUGUGCUCUUCACAGAUGAAAGCACACUGAGCAUGUGACAGACGUGACAGAGUCUGGAGACGCCGUGGAGAACGUUCUGCUGCCUGCAACAUCCUCCAGCAUGACCGGUUUGGCGGUGGGUCAUGGUGUGGGGUGGCAUUUCUUUGGGGGGGGGGGGGGCGCACAGCCCUCCAUGUGCUCGCCAGAGGUAGCCUGACUGCCAUUAGGUACCGAGAUGAGAUCCUCAGACCCCUUGUGAGACCAUAUGCUGGUGCGGUUGGCCCUGGGUUCCUCCUAAUGCAAGACAAUGCUAGACCUCAUGUGGCUGGAGUGUGUCAGCAGUUCCUGCAAGAGGAAGGCAUUGAUGCUAUGGACUGGCCCGCCCGUUCCCCAGACCUGAAUCCAAUUGAGCACAUCAUGUCGCUCCAUCCACCAACGCCACGUUGCACCACAGACUGUCCAGGAGUUGGCGGAUGCUUUAGUCCAGGUCUGGGAGGAGCUCCCUCAGGAGACCAUCCGCCACCUCAUCAGGAGCAUGCCCAGGUGUUGUAGGGAGGUCAUUUUUUUAUUUUUUUUAUUUCACCUUUAUUUAACCAGGUAAGCCAGUUGAGAACAGGUUCUCAUUUACAACUGCGACCUGGCCAAGAUAAAGCAAAGUAGUGCAAUAAAAACAACACAGAGUUACAUAUGGGGUAAAAAAACAUAAAGUCAGAAAUACAACAGAAAAUAUAUAUACAGUGUGUGCAAAUGUAGCAAGUUAUGGAGGUAAGGCAAUAAAUAGGCUAUAGUGCAGAAUAAUUACAAUAGUAUUAACACUGGAAUGCUAGAUGUGCAAGAGAUUAUGUGCAAAUAGAGAUACUGGGGUGCAAAAGAGCAAAAUAAAUAACAAUAUAGGGAUGAGGUAGUUGGGUGGGCUAAUUUCAGAUGGGCUGUGUACAGGUGCAGUGAUCGGUAAGGUGCUCUGACAACUGAUGCUUAAAGUUAUUGAGGGAGAUAAGAGUCUCCAGCUUCAGAGAUUUUUGCAAUUCGUUCCAGUCAUUGGCAGCAGAGAACUGGAAGGAAUGGCGGCCAAAGGAGGUGUUGGCUUUGGGAAUGACCAGUGAGAUAUACCUGCUGGAGCGCAGACUACGGGUGGGUGCUGCUAUGGUGACCAAUGAGCUAAGAUAAGGCGGGGAUUUGCCUAGCAGUGAUUUAUAGAUGGCCUGGAGCCAGUGGGUUUGACGACGGACAUGUAGUGAGGACCAGCCAACAAGAGCGUACAGGUCACAGUGGUGGGUAGUGUAUGGGGCUUUGGAGACAAAACGGAUGGCACUGUGAUAGACUACAUCCAAUUUGCUGAGUAGAGUGUUGGAGGCUAUUUUGUAAAUGACAUCACCGAAGUCAAGGAUCGGUAGGAUAGUCAGUUUUACGAGGGCAUGUUUGGCAGCAUGAGUGAAGGAGGCUUUGUUGCGAAAUAGGAAGCCGAUUCUAGAUUUAACUUUGGAUUGGAGAUUCUUUAUGUGAGUCUGGAAGUUGAGUUUACAGUCUAACCAGACACCUAGAUAUUUGUAGUUGUCCACAUACUCUAGGUCCGACCCGUCGAGAGUGGUGAUUCUAGUCGGGUGGGCGGGUGCUAGCAGCGUUCGAUUGAAAAGCAUGCAUUUAGUUUUACUAGUGUUUAAGAGCAGUUGAAGGCUACUGAAGGAUUGUUGUAUGGCAUUGAAGCUCGUUUGGAGGUUUGUUAACACAGUGUCCAAUGAAGGGCCAGAUGUAUACAAAAUGGUGUCGUCUGCGUAGAGGUGGAUCUGAGAGUCACCAGCAGCAAGAGCGACAUCAUUGAUAUACACGGAGAAAAGUGUCGGCCCAAGAAUUGAACCCUGUGGCACCCCCAUAGAGACUGCCAUAGGUCCAGACAACAGGCCCUCCGAUUUGACACACUGAACUCUAUCUGAGAAGUAGUUGGUGAACCAGGCGAGGCAGUCAUUUGAGAAACCAAGGCUAUUUAGUCUGCCAAUAAGAAUGCGGUGGUUGACAGAGUCGAAAGCCUUGGCCAGGUCGAUGAAGACAGGCACGUGGAGGCCACACACACUACUGAGCCUCAUUUUGACUUGUUUUAAGGACAUUACAGUGGGGAAAUUUUUUAUUUAGUCAGCCACCAAUUGUGCAAGUUCUCCCACUUAAAAAGAUGAGAGAGGCCUGUAAUUUUCAUCAUAGGUACACGUCAACUAUGACAGACAAAAUGAGAAAGAAAAUCCAGAAAAUCACAGUGUAGGAUUUUUAAUGAAUUUAUUUGCAAAUUAUGGUGGAAAAUAAGUAUUUGGUCAAUAACAAAAGUUUCUCAAUACUUUGUUAUAUACCCUUUGUUGGCAAUGACACAGGUCAAACGUUUUCUGUAAGUCUUCACAAGGUUUUCACACACUGUUGCUGGUAUUUUGGCCCAUUCCUCCAUGCAGAUCUCCUCUAGAGCAGUGAUGUUUUGGGGCUGUCGCUGGGCAACACGGACUUUCAACUCCCUCCAAAGAUUUUCUAUGGCGUUGAGAUCUGGAGACUGGCUAGGCCACUCCAGGACCUUGAAAUGCUUCUUACGAAGCCACUCCUUCGUUGCCCGGGCGGUGUGUUUGGGAUCAUUGUCAUGCUGAAAGACCCAGCCACGUUUCAUCUUCAAUGCCCUUGCUGAUGGAAGGAGGUUUUCACUCAAAAUCUCACGAUACAUGGCCCCAUUCAUUCUUUCCUUUACACGGAUCAGUUGUCCUGGUCCCUUUGCAGAAAAACAGCCCCAAAGCAUGAUGUUUCCACACCCAUGCUUCACAGUAGGUAUGGUGUUCUUUGGAUGCAACUCAGCAUUCUUUGUCCUCCAAACACGACGAGUUGAGUUUUUACCAAAAAGUUCUAUUUUGGUUUCAUCUGACCAUAUGACAUUCUCCCAAUCCUCUUCUGGAUCAUCCAAAUGCACUCUAGUAAACUUCAGACGGGCCUGGACAUGUACUGGCUUAAGCAGGGGGACACGUCUGGCACUGCAGGAUUUUAGUCCCUGGCGGCGUAGUGUGUUACUGAUGGUAGGCUUUGUUACUUUGGUCCCAGCUCUCUGCAGGUCAUUCACUAUGUCCCCCCGUGUGGUUCUGGGAUCUUGUGAUCAUUUUGACCCCACGGGGUGAGAUCUUGCGGGGAGCCCCAGAUCGAGGGAGAUUAUCAGUGGUCUUGUAUGUCUUCCAUUUCCUAAUAAUUGCUCCCACAGUUGAUUUCUUCAAACCAAGCUGCUUACCUAUUGCAGAUUCAGUCUUCCUAGCCUGGUGCAGGUCUACAAUUUUGUUUCUGGUGUCCUUUGACAGCUCUUUGGUCUUGGCCAUUGUGGAGUUUGGAGUGUGACUGUUUGAGGUUGUGGACAGGUGUCUUUUAUACUGAUAACAAGUUCAAACAGGUGCCAUUAAUACAGGUAACGAGUGGAGGACAGAGGAGCCUCUUAAAGAAGAAGUUACAGGUCUGUGAGAGCCAGAAAUCUUGCUUGUUUGUAGGUGACCAAAUACUUAUUUUCCACCAUAAUUUGCUAAUAAAUUCAUGAAAUCCUACAAUGUGAUUUUCUGGAAUUUUUUUUCUCAUUUUGUCUGUCAUAGUUGACAUGUACCUAUGAUGAAAAUUACAGGCCUCUCUCAUCUUUUUAAGUGGGAGAACUUGCACAAUUGGUGGCUGACUAAAUACUUUUUUUCCCCACUGUACAUCAAAGUUGGAUCAGCCUGUAGUGUGGUUUUCCACUUUAAUUUUGAGGGUGACUCCAAAUCCAGACCUCCAUGGGUUGAUACAUUUGAUUUCCAUUUUUCAUUUUUGUGUGAUUUUGUUGUCAGCACAUUCAACUAUGUAAAGAAAAAAGUAUUUUUAAUAAGAAUUUCAUUCAUUCAGAUCUAGAAUGUGUUAUUUUAGUGUUCCCUUUAUUUUUUUGAGCAGUGUAUUAUGAUCAGUAUUCAUAUAGUGCAUUUGGAAAGUAUUCAGACCCCUUGACUUUUUCCACAUUUUGUUACGUUACAUCCUUAUUCUAAAAUGAAUGUUUUUCCUCAUCAACACAGUACCCCAUCAUGACAAAGUGAAAAAAGGGUUUUAGAUUGCACAUUUAUAAAAAAUAAAAACUUAAAUACCCUAUUUACAUCAAUAUUCAGACCCUUUGCUAUGAGACUCGAAAUUGAGCUCAGGUGCAUCCUGUUUCCAUUGAUCAUCCUUGAGAUGUUUCUACAACUUCAUUGGAGUCCACCUGUGGUCAAUUCAAUUGACUGGACAUAAUUUGGAAAGGCACACACCUGUCUAUAUAAGGUUCCACAGUUGACAAUGCAUGUCAGAGCAAAAAACCAAGCCAUGAGGUCGAAGGAAUUGUCCGUAGAGCUCCGAGACAGGAUUGUGUCAAGGCACAGAUUUGGGGAAGGGUACCAAAAAAUGUCUGCAGCAUUGAUGGUCUCCAAGAACACAUUGGCCUCCAUUCUUAAAUGGAAGAAGUUUGGAACCACCAAGACUCUUCCUAGAGCUUGUCACUUGGCCAAACAGAGCAAUCGGGGGAGAAGGGCCUUGGUCAGGGAGGUGACCAAGAACCCAAUGGUCAGUCUGACAGAGCUCCAGAGUUCUUCUGUGGAGAUGGGAGAACCUUCCAGAAGGACAACCAUCUCCGCAGCACUCCACCAAUCAGACCUUUAUGGUAGAGUGGCCAGACAAAAGCCACUCCUCAGUAAAAGGCAAAUGACAGCCCGCUUGGAGUUUGCCAAAAUGCACCUAAAGACUCUGACUAUGAGAAACAAGAUUGAACUCUUUUGUCCUGAAUGCCAACCGUCAUGCCUGGAGGAAACCUGGCACCAUCCCUACGGUGAAGCAUGGUGGUGGCAGCAUCAUGCUGUAAGGAUGUUUUUCAGCGGCAGGGACUUGGAGACUAGUCAGGAUUGAGGGUAAGAUGAAUGGAGCAAUGUACAGUGAGAUCCUUGAUGAAAACCUGCUCCAGAGCGCUCAGGACCUCCGACUGGGGUGAAGGUUCGUCUUCCAACAGGACAAUGACCCUAAGCACACAGCCAAGACAACGCAUGAGUGGCAUCGGGACAAGUCUCUGAAUGUCCUUGAGUGGCCCAGCCUGAGCCAGGACUUGAACCAGAUCAAACAUCUCUGAAGAGACCUGAAAAUAGCUGUGCAGCGACGCUCCCCAUCCAACCUGACAGAGCUUGAGAGGAUCUGCAAAGAAGAAUGGGAGAAACUCCCCAAAAACAGGUGUGCCAAGCUUGUAGUGUCAUACCCAAGAAGAUUUGAGGUUGUAAUCGCUGCCAAAGGUGCUUCAACAAAGUACAGAGUAAAGGGUCUGAAUACUUACAGUACCAGUCAAAAGUUUGAACACACCUACUCAUUCCAGAGUUUUUCUUUAUUUGUACUAUUUUGUAGAAUAAUAGUGAAGACAUCAAAACUAUGAAAUAACACAUAUGGAAUGAUGUAGUAACCAAACAAGUGUUAAACAAAUCAAAAUAUAUUUGAGAUUCUUCAAAGUAGCCACUCUUUGCCUUGAUGACAGCUUUGCUCACUCUUGGCAUUUUCUCAACCAGCUUCAUGAGGUAGGCACAUGGAAUGCAUUUCAGUUAACAGGUGUGCCUUGUUAAAAGUUAAUUUGUGGAAUUUCUUUCCUUCUUAAUGCGUUUGAGCCAAUCAGUUGUGUUGUGACAAGGUAGGGGUGGUAUAUUGAAGAUAGCCCUAUUUGGUAAAAGACCAAGUCCAUAUUAUGGCAAGAACAGCUCAAAUAAGCAAAGAGAAAUGACAGUACAUCAUUACUUUAAGACAUGAAGGUCAGUCAACCUGGAAAAUGUCAAGAACUUUGAAAGUUUCUUCAAGUGCAGUUGCAAAAAACAUCAAGCGCUAUGAUGAAACCUGCUCUCAUGAGGACUGCCACAGGAAAGGAAGACCCAGUGUAACCUCUGCUGCAGAGGAUAAAUUCAUUAGAGUUACCAGCCUCAGAUAUUGCAACCCAAAUAAAUGCUUCACAGAGUUCAAGUAACAGACACAUCUCAACAUCAACUGAUCAGAGGAGACUGCGUGAAUCAGGCCUUCAUGGUAGAAUUGCUGCAAAGAAACCACUACUAAAGGACACCAAUAAGAAGAAGAGACUUGCUUGGGCCAAGAAACACGAGCAAUGGACAUUAGACCGGUGGAAAUCUGUCCUUUGGUUUGAUUAGUCCAAAAUUGAGAUUUUUAGUUCCAACCGCCGUGUCUUUGUGAGACUCAGAGUAUGUGAACGGAUGAUCUCUGCAUGUGUAGUUCCCACCGUGAAGCAUGGAGGUGUGGGGGUGCUUUGCUGGUGACACUGUCUGUGAUUUUAUUUAGAAUUCAAGGCACACUUAACCAGCAUGGCUACCACAGCAUUCUGCAGCGAUACGCCAUCCCAUCUGGUUAGCGCUUAGUGGGACUAUCAUUUGUUUUUCAACAGGACAAUGACCAAGCACACCUCCAGGCUGUGUAAGGGCUAUUUGACCAAGAAGGAGAGUGAUGGAGUACUGCAUCAGAUGAUCUGGCCUCCACAAUCACCCGACCUCAACCCAAUUGAGAUGGUUUGGGAUGAGUUGGACCGUAGAGUGAAGGAAAAGCAGCCAACAAGUGCUCAGCAUAUGUGGGAACAUUCCAGGUGAAGCUGGUUGAGAGAAUGCCAAGCGUGUGCAAAGCUGUCAUCAAGGCAAAGGGUGCCUACUUUGAAAAAUCUUAAAUAUAUUUUGAUUUUUUUAAACACUUUUAUGGUUACUACAUGAUUAUAUAUGUGUUAUUUCAUAGUUUUGAUGUCUUUACUAUUAUUCUACAAUGUAGAAAAUAUUACAAAUAAAGAAAAACCCUUCAAUGAGUAGGUUUAUGACAGAGAACUUUUGACUGGUGCUGUAUGUGAAUGUGAUAUUUCUGUUUUUGCUUUGUCAUUAUGGGGUAUUGUGUGUAGAUUGAUGAGGGAAAAAAUGUAAUCAAUUUUAAAAUAAGUCUGUAAGUAACAAAAUGUGGAAAAAGUCAAGGGGUCUGAAUACUUUCCGAAUGCACUGUAUUACAGGUUGUUACUUCGGAGGUCGCUCUUAAGCCUGGCAACCCAAACUCACCCAUUCUGGCAACCCAAACCUGAUGAAUAUGAUAUUAUGAUGAUUAACUCUCACUUUGGCUCUCCCAUCUCUUGUAGGUUUGUGCUGGGAGCCGUGUCCCCGGCUGUGGUGGUUCCCUCCAUGCUGCUGCUGCAGAAGGAUGGCUACGGCUUGGAGCAGGGUAUCCCUACCCUCCUUAUGGCCGCCGGCAGCUUCGAUGACAUCCUGGCCAUCACCGGCUUCACCACCUGCAUGGGCAUGGCCUUCGCCACCGGUAGGGAUCCACUCAGGAGGGAGCAUGUUGAUCUGUACUUCUGCUCUGACCCAAUCAGGAGAAAGGUUGUUGAUCUGUGCCUCUGCUCUGAGCCAAUGAUGAGAGGAGACCACUAGAAAAAGAAUAUACCUUUUUGAUCUGUUUUUGUCAAAACAUUCAUAGAAAUCUUCCUGCAAUCCGUCCUGGAUCCAAUAGAUGGCGCCCUCACACUUCGGGAAUCGAACCUACGAACUCUGUUGUUGCAAGCGCCAUGCUUUUAGUAUAGAAUGGGAUGCAUUUAGUAUGAGCUAACUGCAUGUGUUCUGCUAUUACAGUGUCUUCCUCUGUAUUGCAUGCGUUUUAUUAUUGACUUCCUACUGCAUAAUGCAACCUAAAUGCAUCCCAUUCUAUAUAUAGUGAACUACUUUUAACCAGGGCCCACAUAGGAUUCUGGUCAAAAGUAGUGCACUAUAUAAGGAACAGGGUGCCAUUUGGGACGCAUCCAUCAUCUUUUGAUAUAACUGUAUAUGUUUUGUUGUGCUGUGUCUCCCUCUGCAGGCUCCAUGUGGUACAACUUGCUGAGGGGUAUACUGGAAGUGGGAGGGGGAAUGGUAGCUGGGGUACUGCUGGGAUUCCUGCUGCGCUACUUUCCCAGCAAAGACCAGGUACGAAUCUCUAUUAAAAGCACUUAGCUUUUAGUCUAGGAGUAGGCUUAAUACAGCUCUAGGAAACUGGCCUGUAGAGUUGACCUAUAACGAAGCUCAGUUUUCUCAGUAGCCUUUCCCUUUUUCAAUAAUGUUACUCCAGGGACAUAGUCCUUGUUUGGAAAACUUUAGUAAUGCAUCCUUCCUUCCUUCUUCUUUCACUCUCUCGCUCUCUCUCCUGUAGGACAACGUUGUGAUGAAGCGCUCAUUCCUGCUGCUGGGCCUGUCGGUGUUUGCCGUGUUCGGCAGCAACGUGGCCGGUUUCCCCGGCUCGGGGGGCCUCUGCACCCUGGUCCUCGCCUUCCUGGCCGGCCUGGGCUGGAGAAGGUCAAAGGUCAGUCAACCACACACACACACACACACAACGACCCCAUCCCGUGUCAACCCCUCACUCAACCCCCCGUACACUGCAUCUUCUAGCUAGACAUUUACUCUCUCACCCAACCCCCAAAUGCCCCCCUAAAGCAUUGGAUAGCAGCUGGACAGCUUGAACGUUCCAGUGCAACACAAACUGUUGUUUUAGGACACAGUGGGACCCUUCCAGUCAGUAUACAGAGGCCCAAUCCCAAAUAUACAGUCACAGAGUCCCAUCUGGUAUUGUCUCUAUGGGAGGCAGAUUCUCCAGUAGAGAAACACAGUUGUGAAGUCUUGGUGUUUGCUGAACUCUCUCUGUAGUCUGGUUUGUGUCUGGUAGGGGGUUUUUAAUGUUUUUGUUAUCACUUGUUUUAAUAGCACCUCUCGAACCCUUCCAUUUGCUCUACUUUCACAAUUUGUUUUUGAAAACAUGUUGAAAAUGUCAGUAAUUUGAGAAACCGUAACACUUGGGUGUCCGUGUGUGUGCGUGCACAGUGCAUUCGGAAAGUAUUCAGACCCCUUGACUUUUUCCACAUUUUGUUACGUUACAGCCUUAUUCUAAAACGGAUUAAAUAGAUUUUUUUCCCUCAUCAAUCUACACACAAUACCCCAUAAUGACAAAGCAAAAACAUGUUUUUUGACAUUUUUGCAAAUGUAUAAAAAAUUUACUGAUAUUACAUUUAAAUAAGUAUUCAGUCCCUUUACUCAGUACUUUGUUGAAGCACCUUUUGCAGCAAUUACAGCUGCGAGUCUUCUUGGGUAUGACCCUACAAGCUUGGCACACCUGUAUUUGGGGAGUUUCUCCCAUUCUUCUCUACAGAUCCUCUCAAGCUCUGUCAGGUUGGAUGGGGAGUGUUGCUGCACAGCUUUUUUCAGGUCUCUCCAGAGAUGUUCGAUCAGGUUCAAGUCUGGGCUCUGGCUGAGACACUCAAGGACAUUCAGAGACUUGUCCCGAAGCCACUCCUGCGUUGUCUUGGCUGUGUGCUUAGGGUCAUUGUCCUGUUGGAAGGUGAACCUUUGCCCCAGUCUGAGGUCCUGAGCGCUCUGGAGCAGGUUUUCAUCAAGGAUCUCUCUGUACUUUGCUCUGUUCAUCUUUCCCUCGAUCCUGACUAGUCUCCCAGUCCCUGCCGCUGAAAAACAUCCCCACAGCAUGAUGCCCCCACCACCAUGCUUCACCGUAGGGAUGGUGCCAGGUUUCCUCCAGACGUGACGCUUGGCAUUCCGGCCAAAGAGUUCAGUCUUGUUUUCAUUAGACCAGAGAAUGUUGUUUCUUAUUGUCUGAGAGUCCUUUGGGUGCCUUUUGGCAAACUCCAAGCGGGCUGUCAUGUGCCUUUUACUGAGGUGUGGCGUCCGUCUGGCCACUCUACCAUAAAGGCCUGAUUUGUGGAGUGCUGCAGAGAUGGUUGUCCUUCUGGAAGGUUCUCCCAUCUCUACAGAGGAACUCUGGAGCUCUGUCAGUGACCAUCGGGUUCUUGGUCACUUCCCUGACUUCCCCCGAUUGCUCAGUUUGGCCGGGCGGCCAGCUCUAGGAAGAGUCUUGGUGGUUCCAAACUUCUUCCAUUUAACAAUGAUGGAGGGCACUGUGUUCUUGGGGACCUUCAAUGCUGCAGAUAUUUUUUGGAACCCUUCCCCAGAUCUGUGCCUUGACACAAUCCUGUCUUUGAGCUUUAUGGACAAUUCCUUCGGCCUCAUGGCUUGGUUUCUGCUCUGACAUGCACUGUCAACUGUGGGACCUUAUAUAGACAGGUGUGUGCCUUUCCAAAUCAUGUCCAAUCAAUUGAAUUGACCACAGGUGGACUCUCAAGGAUGAUCAAUGGAAACAGGAUGCACCUGAGCUCAAUUUAGAGUCUCAUUACAAUGGGUCUGAAUACUAAUGUAAAUAAUGUAUUUUUAUUUUUAAUAAAUGUACAAAAAUGUCUAAAGAAUCAGUUUUUGCUUUGUCAUUAUGGGGUAUUGUGUGUAGAUUGAUUAUUUUUUUAUUUUUUUAAAUCAAUUUUAGAGGGAAGGGGUCUGAAUACUUUAUGCGUGUGUGUACGUGUCUGUCUGACUCGGCGGGUGUGUGUGCAGGUCCCUGUGGAGGACAUAGUAGGUAUUGCCUGGGAGGUGUUCCAGCCACUGCUGUUCGGCCUGAUCGGGGCCGAGAUCCAAAUCUCAGAGCUGGACAAAAACACUGUCGGUGAGAACACACACAUGCAUAAACACACAGUCAGUAAGAACACACACCACAUAAUAUACAUUUAUACCCCGCUCUUUGGAGAUCAUCUAUUAGGGGCGUUUUCCAAAUGUUUUCCAAAUGUAACUUGAAUAAAGUGUUUCUGUCAUUCUACUCCCCCCCCCUUAACUUAUCUGUCCUACCAGGCCUGGGCAUAGGCUGUCUGGCCAUUGGUCUGCUGGUGCGUGUUCUCUUCACCUUCGUCUGUGUGCUGUGUGCCGGCUUCAACUUCAAAGAGAAGCUCUUUAUUGCUCUGGCCUGGCUACCCAAAGCCACCGUACAGGUACUUAAUGGUAAACAGAAACUAAGGUGGUCUAGCGGUCUAAGCCACUGCCUCAGGGCUCGAAUCCAGCUUACUGCUCUUUCAGCAUUCUCUCUCCUCUCCAUCUCUCGCUAUCCAAUAAGCAUACAAAAGACUAUCUAAGGGAGAAAUUUGCCUCACAAAAAGGCUUCUCAACAAGCAAAAUAACCAUAUAAUUUGAAUAUUGUGACUAGUGAUUGCGCCACAUGCAACACGUUUGUUUUCUGUUUACUUAAACUCGUAACAAUAUUAGUAUUGUGAGUAAAAAUAAUGUUUUUGCAGAGUCUGGUGCUGCUCUGCGUGAGCUGGAGAAGGGGUUAGGGAAAAUCUGUCGUAUUAUUACCAAUGUUGGUGUCAUUUUAAGUUUAUGACGGGUGAGUGUUCCAGCUCUCACAAUGUUGUGGGUAACAUGUGGCCAAUGUGUCGAUCUUCUCUCCCCAGGCGGCCAUCGGCUCCACAGCGCUGGACAUGGCCCGCACCAAGGAGGAUAAGGAGCUGGAGAAGUACGGCAUGGACGUGCUGACAGUAGCCGUGCUCUCCAUCCUGCUCACCGCCCCCAUAGGGGCCCUUGUCAUAGGACUCACAGGACCUCGCCUGCUGCAGAAACCAAAGAACCCUGCCUGGGGUGAGUACGCACACACAGAAUGUGCAAACACACUGUCUGCAUAAAUGCAAAGACAGAAGCACACACACACAGCAACAGGAAGGACUGCCUCACCAUCUGAGUGUUUUAAUAUAGAAACACACACACAAAACCCCACACCUACUACUAAACUUGCUUGAGUGACAGCUUGUCAUAGCUUUGUCCACACAGCAUUGGGAAGGAAGCGUGUUUAUGAAAAGCAGUGUCCCUUUAUGACAGAGAUUAUCUUUAUUAGAAAAAGCCUGGAAUCCAAACAUAUAUGCUUUGUUUCAACAUGGUUGACAAUGGUGAAACAGAGCGCAUCAGCCAGGAUCUCAGGCUAAUAAAGAGAAGCUGUGGAUGGGAGAAUGAAUUGUAUCGUGGCUUCAGGUAGUUUUUGUUUCCUGCAUCAUGCUUCGUCUCAGCCCUGUCACCACACAAUGGUGGCUUUUUUUGCUCUUCAGGUUUGGAGGGAGAUUUUUUAUUUGACUACACUGUGUGUCCUGGUAAAAUGUGUUACCUGCCAAUCACUGUGUCUCAGACUCUACACUCGCUGAGACAUUUUCCAUAUUAACCAUUUGGCCUCUAGUCUUAUUUUGUUUAUACUCACAUGGAGGCACUUCAGUUUCUCUCGCUCUCGCACACACGCAAGCACACACACACACACACACACACACACACACACACACACGGCAAAAUACAUUUUUUAAUAAUUAUUUUCUACCCUUUCAGAGCGGGAGCAAAGCGGAACUAUAACCGACACCCCAAUCUCCUACGAGAGUACCCUCUGA